AUGACACGUUCUAGAUCGCAUCGAUACACAAAACUAUCGAAUGAACAAAAUUUAUUAAAUCAAACCAUGGAAAAUUUUUAUAACGUAUUACGAAAAACAAAGAUGGAUCAAUAUAAUGAAUCAGCAAAAUUUUGGAUGUUGGAAUACCAACAGUUUAGGAAAAAA